GUGACUCGACUCGAUCCUAGUCUAAGCGAUCGCCUACGUUUUAUUUUUCUUUUUGACGCUAUUCUUCUUCUUCUUCAUUCAUUUCCCCUCUUAUUCAUUGGCUUUAGGGUUUCAUACACGAUAUGAGCUAAAUACGAUUUGAUUUUACCUAAAUAAGCUUUCUUCUAUUGCUUCUCGUCGUUGCAGGGUUUUCUUAAAUGGAAACGCCCGGCGGCAAUCAUGAUUCCUUUAGGGGUUCUCCUCGCAGAAACUCCAUCCUCUCUGCUUCUAACAUCAUCCAGGCCCCUAUUUCUACCUUGUUAGAGUAUUCGGGUCUCUUUCGCACUAGGCCUAAUCCUAGUCAGGAGGCUGAAACGCUGGUUACUGAUGAUUCUUCAGGAAUCUCCAAUGGGGAGGUUGCCAUUAGGAUCAUUGGCAACGGGGAGCAAGAUGCUGAAACUGAUAGCAAUGGUCUCAGGGAACCCGGCGGCCUUGGACACACUGAACUUUUGGGUUCUGCUACUCAGGUUGAUCCCAUAGGAGGUGCUCCUUCAGAAGGUGCCUCUCAGGCUGCUCCUGGUGAAUCUGUUGCUGGAGACGCCGCCACCCGGGAUUCACCUUACCAAAGAUAUGAUAUUCAGCAGGCUGCACGCUGGAUUGAGCAAAUUCUUCCCUUUUCUUUGCUUCUGUUGGUUGUUUUUAUCCGCCAGCAUUUGCAGGGCUUCUUUGUCGCUAUUUGGAUUGCUGCUGUCAUGUUCAAGUCAAAUGAUAUUCUUAAGAAGCAAACAGCUUUGAAGGGUGAGAGGCAUAUCUCGGCAUUAAUUGGAAUCUCUGUAGCAUUUACGGCCCAUGUUGUUGGUGUUUAUUGGUGGUUUAGGAAAGAUGACCUCUUGUAUCCCUUAAUCAUGCUGCCUCCAAAGUCCAUACCACCUUUCUGGCAUGCCAUUUUUAUCAUAGUGGUUAAUGAUACACUUGUCCGACAGGCCUCAAUGAUUUUCAAGUGUUUUCUGUUGAUGUACUACAAAAACAGUAGGGGUCGAAAUUAUCGUAAACAGGGUCAAUUGCUAACUUUGGUUGAAUAUUUGAUGCUUUUGUAUCGCUCUUUACUGCCUACCCCUGUAUGGUACCGUUUCUUCUUGAACAAGGAUUAUGGAAGCCUCUUCUCCUCUCUUAUGACGGGAUUAUAUCUUACAUUCAAGCUCACUUCAGUUGUUGAGAAGGUUCAAUCCUUCUUUACGGCAUUGAAGGCUUUGUCACGUAAAGAGGUGCAUUACGGAUCAUAUGCAACUACAGAGCAGGUAAAUGCGGCAGGCGACCUGUGUGCCAUCUGCCAGGAGAAGAUGCACACCCCAAUUCUUCUUCGCUGCAAACACAUGUUUUGCGAAGAUUGCGUUUCGGAGUGGUUUGAGAGAGAGAGAACGUGUCCUCUGUGCAGGGCCUUGGUCAAACCAGCAGAUCUAAAAUCAUUCGGUGAUGGAUCCACCAGCCUCUUCUUCCAGAUUUUCUGAUUAAAACACAUACAAGAUUCCAAAGUAAAAAAGACCCUCAAGA